AGGGUCAAAAAAAAUGGCCAACCGGAAAUCGGUCAGUGCAUGCGGCGUGAUGAUGGAAUCGUGCUCCAACUCCUACUCGGCCGGCAGUUUCUACGUCAUUGUUGAGCCCUCUGUCAUGGAUGAUCGUCAACUUCGGUUGCCAGACAAAUUUGUCCAGGAACAUGGAGAUGAACUCCUUGAUACCGUCAAGAUUAUUGUUCCCACUGAUGAUUUCUGGUGUGUGGGCCUGAAGAAGGCUGGUAAAAUGAUUUGGCUUCAUGAUGGUUGGCAAGAGUUUAUGGAACAUCAUUCUGUCAACUGUUGGUACUUUUUACUCUUCAAAUAUGGACAGACCUCAUGUUUCAAUGUCCACAUAUUUGACCUAGCCGCUACUGAGAUUGAUUAUCAACUAAGGAGUCAUGGUAAUGCUAAAUCACGUGAUGUUGCUCAGGAACUUUCUCACAGAAAGGAUAAAAUUGUUGGUGACAAGGGCUUCACGAGCUCCAUUGAAAUUGUGGAUCUUUUGGAAACUGAGCAGGGACCAGAGAGUUCAGCUAAGUCAUCUGAACUUCUGCAUAGAGCCAAAAGACGUAAAAUAGCAUCUGGAAAGAUUAAGAUUACACGCUGCUAUGAAACAAGAAGCAGAACAAACAAAUUACAUGAUAACGGACAGCUAUUAAAUGCGAAGAAUUUGAACAUAUCGGGCAAUGGCAGUUUAACUAAGCCAGUAGGUGGAAAAUCUGUUCGGCGAAGUAUUAAAACUCCUAUACACUCUGCAAUGGCAACUGGAGAUACAAGGAAAUCGUUCACGAGCAAGCAACGGGAGAAAUCUUUAGGGCGUGGAAGGUAUGAUCGUCGCGAAAGAGCACAACAAAAGGUAUCAGAAACAAGCAGGGCCAUUCAAACUGCCAAAAUGUUCGUUCCAGAAAAUCCUUAUUUCUUGCAGAUUCUUGAAAAAUACAAUGUAGAACGGAACUAUAUUCUGAAUAUACCAGUUGAGUUUGUCCGAAAGUAUAUGCCAAAGACUUCAGAACUGAUUGAACUUCAAGAUACUGAUGGAAAUAAGUGGAAAGUCCGUUGCAUUAGGAGGAAACUUCGGGUGCUUUUAAGCAAAGGAUGGUUGAACUUUGUUACGGAUAAUAGUUUACUGGUAGGAGAUGUUUGCGUCUUUGAGUUGCUCAAGGACGUUCAGGCUGUUGAAUUAAUACUGAAGGUGCACAUGUUUCGCAAUAGGGUGGAAGAAAAUUCGAAAAAUUUACACACUGGUAGCCUAUCUGAACCAACUCUGUCUACCGGUAAAAACUGUAUACUUCAGUUCGAUGAAAGUAAGCAUACAAAGAGUUCAGAUGCAUUUGAACCAUUUUCUUCAGAUAGAACCAAUCACAAGACUGAUACAGAGAAUUCAUUCGGGCAGCAACAGGAGAAAUCCGUAGUGCAUGGAAGCUCUGGUAAUCGUCGUAAAAGAGGACGACCAAGGGUUGCAGAAGCAAACACUGAUACAGAGAAUUCAUCCGGACAGCAAGAGGAGAAAUCCGUAGUGCAUGGAAGCUCUGGUAAUCGUCGUAAAGGAAGACGACUAAGGGAUGCAAAAGCAAACAGGGCAACUACUGCUGCCAAAAUGUUUACGCCAGAGAAUCCUUACUUCAUGAUAACUCUUGGAGAAUAUCACGUGGUGCGGAACUAUAUUCUGAAUAUACCACCUGAUUUUAGCCGAGAUUAUAUGCCAAAGACUUCAGAACUAAUUAAACUUCAAAAUUCUGAUGGCAGUAAGUGGACUGCACAUUGCGUUAGGAGGAAAACGUGUAUGUUUCUAAGCAAAGGAUGGGUACAUUUUGUUAGGGAUAAUAGUUUAGUGUUAGGAGAUGCUUGUGUCUUUGAGUUGAUCAAGGGCAUUCAGGCUGAUGAACUUAUGCUGAAGGUGCAUAUAUUCCGCAAUAAGGUGGAACAAAAUUCAAUAAAUUGACGCACUUCUAGUGAUCUGAGUAUAUAUUGUCUAUUGGUAAAUGAGGGAGGUGAUAUUUUUUGAAUGGUCUUCGUCACCUUUUUUUUCUUUCCAAUUGGAGCCUUAGUAACUCCAGCAGUUGACAUGUCGAUAUUAGAAAUGCAGAGGCUAUUUUCUUGAUAUUCUUUUGCCCUUUUUCGUUUGUGCAUUUUUGUCUCCCAUGCUUUCCGUUGGUCAACAAUCAGCUGAAGUUCUCCAACAGAGACUUUUGCCAGGUACUUCGAAUAUUUUUUAGCAGAAUGCCAAAAUUGCUAUUUUUAAGUAGUUGAACUUUUGUUCAAGUGUGUUAUGCAACAAAGAUUGGAUCACUUCAUAUGGAGUGAUGCUCUAUUUUUCCUCAAAAGUUGCAUAGACAAGAGCAUAUUAAUGAGUGAGACUUCUUGGUACAAUGGCCAAAGAAGAAUAUUAACUGAACUAUUUUGGGGUAUAAAUAGCGAAAAAUGGUUCAUUGCUGCAUUUACUACAUGAGAAAAGCAAAAGGGGCAAAUGCCCUAUGAGAAUCUUAAGAUUUUUGUAAAAAAAAUUCUUUUACAUUUUCCCCUUCAACAUAAAACAAGCACAUAGGGUUAAGGUCGUGUCACGAGUUCAUCUAUUCUCUUGAAAUUUGGCAGCAAAAGAGGCAAUGGAAAAGGGUUUUCCAUCCCUCAAAAUAUUGCAAAUCCCCUCUGGUUGGUUUGUAUUUGAUUUCUUGAGACUUUUUUCUUGAAUUUUUUUAUAUUUUAGGAGAUGCGACAGUGGAUUUGGGGGUGAGAUUUAGAUCUGCAAAAUUAGAUACAAAAUGAACUUAGAUACCACAUGAUUAUUAACAUUUUAUUGAACUGUACUUCCACUCUCAUAGUAUUGUGAAAGGUGAUCCUUAUCAUCAAUGGCUACGCAAGAUUUUCGCUCUCAUAGUGUUGUUGUGAAAGGUGAUUACCUCAUCAUCAAUGGCAAACAAGGCCACCCUUAUUGAUUUUUAGACGAUCUUCAAAAGGCAACGCCAUGAGCGUGAUAAUUUGUCAUCAAUUGUGCCUUGGGCCUUUUCCAAAGAGUUAUUUUUCAUUUUUUUGGAUAGAUUUUCUUCCUAAACAAAAUAGUCUAUGUGUGAUUCGUUGCUAUGUUUUGCAUUUGCUAAAGUUGUCGAAGUUUAAAUUGCUACUGCUUCUUAAAUUUCUAAAGGGCACACAAUCAGUGUUAGAUAGUUCAUCGACUAAUUUCGUGCCACCUUUCUUCUUAUUCAUUUUUGCAUUAGUUUGUCUUCAACAAUACACAACACAAUUAACCAUCAUAAAUAAACAAUAAUAGUCGUGAAAAUUAGGUAUUAACAAAAGUGAAAUAUCUUAAUGCCUCAUCUUAUAUUUGUGUUGCGGCAACAAUUCAUCAAUUCUCAUUAUCACAACUAUGAUGUUGAUCAAUGGAUAAUUUUAUAAUAAAAAAGUAAUCUCAUGGAACUAAUUCUUUAAAAUAUGAAUUCACCCUUAUAAAAUGGUCUCAUGAAAAAUCAUUUUUAGAAUAUGAAUCAUAGCUCUGUAAAAUUAGAAGCAACUCCUUAUACAAGUUGUCCAGCUAGUAUUGUUUGGUUUUAUAAAACAAAUUUUAGUUACAGUUUGUGAAAAUAUAAAAAUGAAAUUGUUCAAACAUUUAAUACUCAAUUUUACAAACAUGUAGUGCUGAUAUUUAACUCCAAUCUUAGUGAAAUAUGCAAGAUAGGAGGUGAUGGACUGCACGCAAUUUAUGAGCUCUCAUUUACACUCAACCACAAAGUUGAGCAUAAUACAAAUGGAGUAAAACUCAAUGCAUUACAAAAAAAUUUAUAAACAUUUAGUGCCAUGAUUUAACUCCAUCUCGUUGAAUUAUUCAAGAGAAGAAGCUGAUAAACAGCACUAAUUUUCUGAGUUUUUCAGACCCUAAACCCACUAAUAUAUUCAAGAGCAAGAGUAUAGUUAAAACUCAAAAAAAAAUAAUUAAGAACAAAACUAUGAAAAAAGCCUCAGUAAAAUCCGUUG